CGGAGCGGCGCGGCACUGUAGUUCCCCCGGCGCCGGGCUCCCUCGCGUUAGUCUUGCUGUGUUGUGAUCACGUGGCCAGCUCCGGGCGCGGCGCUUGUUUUGGUUUCCCUCUAGCUUGCCCCUGGCAGCUUAGGGGUUAGCGACUUUCCUGUGCCGGUUUGCGCGCCUGCAUACACUCUGACCUCCUCUUCUUAGGGCUUUCUCAGCCCGCAGUUCUGUAAGCCCCUCGGGGCCGGCUCCUGCCAUGCCGCUAGUUCGUUACAGGAAGGUGGUCAUCCUCGGAUACCGCUCUGUAGGGAAGACAUCUUUGGCACAUCAGUUUGUGGAGGGCGAGUUCCUGGAAGGCUAUGAUCCUACAGUGGAGAAUACUUACAGCAAGAUACUGACUCUUGGCAAAGAUGAGUUUCACCUACAUCUGGUGGACACAGCAGGGCAGGAUGAGUACAGCAUUCUGCCCUAUUCACUCAUCAUUGGGGUCCAUGGUUAUGUGCUUGUAUAUUCUGUCACCUCUCUGCAUAGCUUCCAAGUCAUUGAGAGUCUGUACCAAAAGCUACAUGAAGGCCAUGGGAAAACCCGGGUUCCAGUAGUGCUAGUGGGGAACAAGGCAGAUCUCUCUCCAAACAGGGAGGUCAAGGCAGUUGAUGGGAAGAAGCUGGCAGAGUCCUGGGGUGCGACAUUUAUGGAGUCAUCUGCCCGAGAGAAUCAGCUGACACAAGGCAUCUUCACCAAAGUCAUCCAGGAGAUUGCCCGAGUGGAGAAUUCCUAUGGGCAAGAGCGCCGCUGCCGGCUCAUGUGAGCCCUUGGGCAUGGGGUAGCUGCCUUGACUCUGCCCCUGGCACUUGCCAGGCUCCAGUGGGGGCAGGCCCUCAGGACUUCACGGGUAUGGUUGCCAGCUGUGUCCCUGGCUCUCUGGGCACACAGUGUGGUACCCUCAUAUUUGCACACUUUCCCCAGGCUCCAGUGGCCUGGUUGUCAAUGUUUACAAAGGGGCAAGGAUGUCUCAUGGGCACUGGCCUCUAGCCCUCUGUUUUUGCUAAAUGAGUUGUUAUAAUCUGCGGGGUUGGGAUAUGAGUCCUGGGCAUUGCUUAUUCAGGACCCAGUCUCCUAUGUUGGUUUUGGGUAUUGGCUGGGUGAGGGGAGCUGGGGACUCCUGAAGUGGAGCUGGCUCCCUGGGGUAACAAUGUAUAUAUGCAAAUAAACUGAGAAAUCUUUUUGUCGUUGA